GGGGGUACCGGUACAGAGUCAAUGUGGAGGCUAUAUACAGGGAGGUACCGGUACAGAGUCAAUGUGGAGGCUAUAUACAGGGAGGUACCGGUACAGAGUCAAUGUGGAGGCUAUAUACAGGGAGGUACCGGUACAGAGUCAAUGUGGAGGCUAUAUACAGGGAGGUACCGGUACAGAGUCAAUGUGGAGGCUAUAUACAGGGAGGUACCGGUACAGAGUCAAUGUGGAGGCUAUAUACAGGGAGGUACCGGUACAGAGUCAAUGUGGAGACUAUAUACAGGGAGGUACCGGUACAGAGUCAAUGUGGAGGCUAUAUACAGGGAGGUACCGGUACAGAGUCAAUGUGGAGACUAUAUACAGGGAGGUACCGGUACAGAGUCAAUGUGGAGACUAUAUACAGGGAGGUACCGGUACAGAGUCAAUGUGGAGGCUAUAUACAGGGAGGUACCGGUACAGAGUCAAUGUGGAGACUAUAUACAGGGAGGUACCAGUACAGAGUCAAUGUGGAGACUAUAUACAGGGAGGUACCGGUACAGAGUCAAUGUGGAGGCUAUAUACAGGGGGUACCAGUACAGAGUCAAUGUGGAGGCUAUAUACAGGGGGUACCAGUACAGAGUCAAUGUGGAGACUAUAUACAGGAGGUACCAGUACAGAGUCAAUGUGGAGGCUAUAUACAGGGAGGUACCAGUACAGAGUCAAUGUGGAGGCUAUAUACAGGGAGGUACCAGUACAGAGUCAAUGUGGAGACUAUAUACAGGGGGUACCAGUACAGAGUCAAUGUGGAGACUAUAUACAGGGGUACCAGUACAGAGUCAAUGUGGAGGCUAUAUACAGGGGGUACCAGUACAGAGUCAAUGUGGAGGCUAUAUACAGGGGGUACCAGUACAGAGUCAAUGUGGAGGCUAUAUACAGGGGGUACCGGUACAGAGUCAAUGUGGAGGCUAUAUACAGGGGGUACCGGUACAGAGUCAAUGUGGAGGCUAUAUACAGGGGGUACCGGUACAGAGUCAAUGUGGAGGCUAUAUACAGGGGGUACCGGUACAGAGUCAAUGUGGAGGCUAUAUACAGGGGGGGUACCAGUACUGAGUCAAUGUGGAGGCUAUAUACAGGGAGGAACCAGUACAGAGUCAAUGUGGAGGCUAUAUACAGGGGGUACCGGUACAGAGUCAAUGUGGAGGCUAUAUACAGGGGGUACCGGUACAGAGUCAAUGAGGAGGCUAUAUACAGGGGGUAUCAGUACAGAGUCAAUGUGGAGGCUAUAUACAGGGUAUUACGGUACAGAGUCAAUGUGGAGGCUAUAUACAGGGGGCAUCAGUACAGAGUCAAUGUGGAGACUAUAUACAGGGUAUUACGGUACAGAGUCAAUG